AUGUCCAUCGGCCAGGCCUACCCCACUGAUGAAGCCACACCGAUUCUCGACUGGAAAUACUCGGACCUUGUUCCGACUGAGGAUGGUGAUUAUCUGGACUAUGAUGACCAAGCGAAUCAGAGCAAGAUAUCGGGCUCGUCAUUUAUAAUGCCGACGUCUGACGCUCUGUCAGAUAUAUCCUCGUACGAAAGCUUCUCGGGCGCGUUGUCCAAGGCGCCGUCUUUCAGUUCUGACUACCCUUCAGCGUCUAAUCAAGGCUCGUCACCAGUAACGUCACCACGCAUGAAGCCUCAACAUCUUUCUGGACCAGUCCAAACUCAAAGAGGCGGUAGAGCUUCGCUUUUACUACAGUCCGGCCUUCGAUCAGCUCCUUACGGUAUCGAGAGUGCAAGGAACAAACCAUGGUCUACCAGGCUGCUUCAGAGCAACACUGAUCCCCAAUCACCUCAUGGCCACUACUCCGACUUGUCUGACCCUUCUGAUAUGUUCUUUUCACUCCAUGAGGAGAAAACCACGCCGCCAUCCGAAGACCUGAACGCUUCAGAUCCCGACCUGGUAUCCCAUGAUCAAGACCUGAGAUAUGAGGGCGAUCUGUACACUCCCAGAUGGAUGCGUGGCCAUGGAAACAAGCGCGAGGGCUGGUGCGGCAUCUGCAAACCCGGCAGAUGGCUGGUCCUAAAGAACUCCGCCUUCUGGUACCAUAAAUCUUUCUGCCAUGGGAUUAGCAUGACCACGGGUAGCCCUGUCCAUGAGCCUCGGGAAACAAGACGCAUGGGUGGAAAUCCAAAUGUUUGGGAGGGUCUUUGUAGGAGCUGCUAUGAGUGGAUUGUGAUGGUGAGUAAUAAGAAGAAGUGGAUAGCCUGGCUCAGACACGCUUACAAAGUGAGUUUCUACAAGUCCGUGGGUUUCAUGAUGGGACUAACUUCCUCCGGUGCCACAGGCAUCCAAAAGCUGAGGACGAACCGAAGCGUUAUCGUGAGAGCAGCAAGGCCAAAAGGUGUCGUCAACCUCGUCUUCACUCUUGAAGGCGUUGUCGAACUCCAGAGCACCAUUCAGUGUCACACCGGGCCUGGGGGUAGAGCCGGCCUUCUGUCCCGCUUGGUCCUCAUCCAGUGGCAAACUGUCAAGCUCGUCCCUGGCUCGAAUACGGCUUAUAAAUUCUUUACGCCGCCUGCUGUCUCGGAGGUCCGUCCGGGCUGCCCGUCGGCUAGCUGCCAGGCAGAGCGAGGUUUUACGGAUCGAUAUUUUCAACUGUCUGGCAAAGCUACUGCGCAAGCUUGUGUUGAUAGGAACUCGUGGUACUACGGAGAGCUCUACCGAAGUGUCAAGAGACAUUCAGGCUUGCUCCAACAAGGUUCUGUCAGACGGGCCUCAGCCCGCAAGGCGGUGUGGCAGUACUUCUUGGAACAGGCCAAAACCAAGCACGGUAGUCCAGAUUGCGCAAAGCUAAUCGACGGGCUGGCGAAUAUGACAUUCAACGGCCGAGAAGUACGGCUAACACCCCACUGUCGUGAUUCUAACAUCGCACAGAUCCGAAAUACGGUGUUUGUGGCGAGGUCAGUGGCCGAGGAUGAGGCUAUGAUAGUGCGCAAGACUCACCUGGAAGACUCUAUUGUUGCAAGGGAACAGUUCCUGCACGACUACAACGGGGCAAAUGCCAUCGAUAAUCUCAGCUUCUACUUCUAA